AUGUGUCAGGUUGAAUCGAUAAACCAAGAAAAAGAUUUACCUGAGGAAACUAAUAAGGCAGGAGAAGAACGAGAUAGAAAUUUGGUUACAAAUGCCUUAAGGUUAGUUGUAGUAAGGGAAGACAAAGAAGUUUCUGCAGUAGGAAUGACUAGAGUAGAGCAACUAGAUAGUGUAGUGGCCAUGACCAAAUUAGCUGAUGGACCUGGCGAGUUUAAAACGAGCACAAAAAAAUUGGUCAGGACAAAUCAAAAUGUCACUAGAGGGUCGCCGGAAAGUUGUCGGAGGAUAGUUGGAGAUCUCCAGAAAAUGGCCAGGAGGCGAUCGAAACGUCAUAGGAGGAUGACCAAAAAGUCGUCGAAGGCUAGCUAG